AUGACACCAGGUCGCCUCGGCGAGAGGCGCGUGCGACCGAAGGCGAGGGCUGUGUCGCUGAGAAUAAAUCAUAAGUGCCUUUCUGAUAUCAAGUUCGUGCUUCGUGGCAGUCUGUGGUGGAGGCCUGUAUUCAGAUAUGGACUCAAACUGGCUGAAAUGAUGAAGGACGGCAGCAAUCACAAAUUAAGACUUUCGCACAUAGAUCGCCAGUCGCUUUGGACCAACUACCUGGUGAGACAAGCCGUAGCAAAACAUAUGUAUAUAGGUCCGACCCGCAAACCGUUCGCUAAUAAAACUAUUCGACGCCAGCCCAUCGAAGGGAGACAAACGAGUCACAACGGGAACCUAUCUGAAAUUGCAGUUGUAAAUCAAACGGGCACCAAACGGGCGUGCGGGGGAACGAUUAGACUCUUCACGAGGCGCAAUAAAAAUGUCCUAACGCUUGCCGGGUUAAACAAUGGAUCGCAGUUAAACGGAGCGGUGAUACGCGUUAUAACUAUGAUUGCGCAC